GAAUUAGGCCUGGCGAGCGCAGCGAGCAUGCAUCUGCUCGCCCUCUGCUUCGCUAUAUCCCUCGCUUCGCUCGGAAAGGCUUCCGACAGCGCCUCUAUCAUAUCAUCGCGUUGUUGCGCAAGCAGCUAUCAGCUGCUGAUAUGAUUUCAUCAUAUCCAAUUCCAAGCAAGCUACUUCCGGGUCAUCUCAUAUCACAGGUCAAUCACAUGUGGAAAAAAUGGCGAUGGAGACACCGGCAGUGGACAAUCUGGCAGUACAAGAUUUGGACAAUUUGGAUAUUUCCAAGUUGAAUCCACUCUCCCCUGAAGUUAUAAGCAGACAAGCAACUAUUAAUAUUGGUACAAUUGGUCAUGUAGCCCAUGGUAAAUCCACAGUCGUGAAGGCCAUCUCAGGUGUUCAGACUGUCAGAUUCAAGAACGAAUUGGAAAGAAAUAUUACCAUUAAGCUCGGCUAUGCAAAUGCAAAGGUAUAUAAGUGUGAUUGUCCUGCUUGCCCUAGGCCAGGAUGUUACAGGUCAGCUGGUAGUAAUAAAGAUGACUCCUUUGCCUGUGAUAGACAAGGCUGCUCAGGCAGGUUUAGAUUACACAGACAUGUAUCAUUUGUAGACUGCCCUGGUCACGACAUUCUUAUGGCAACUAUGUUGAACGGAGCAGCUGUUAUGGAUGCAGCAUUGCUGUUAAUAGCCGGCAACGAAUCCUGCCCUCAACCCCAGACGUCGGAACAUCUUGCAGCCAUUGAGAUCAUGAAGCUCAAACACAUCCUGAUCCUUCAGAAUAAGAUUGACUUGGUCAAAGAGAGUCAAGCGAGGGAGCAAUACGAACAGAUCCUAAAGUUUGUUCAAGGUACGGUAGCUGAAGGAGCUCCAGUCAUUCCUAUCUCUGCUCAGCUGAAGCAUAAUAUAGAAGUCAUCUGUGAAUAUAUCACCAAGAAAAUACCUAUCCCAGUUAGAGACUUUACUUCAGAACCUAGACUAAUCGUGAUCCGAUCAUUUGAUGUGAACAAGCCUGGAUGUGAGGUGAAGGAUCUGAAAGGGGGCGUGGCAGGAGGUAGUAUCCUCAGAGGUGUAUUGAGGAUUGGGCAGGAGAUAGAGGUUAGACCUGGUAUUGUCUCCAAAGAUAGUGAAGGCAAGCUUCAGUGCAGACCUAUCUUCUCCAAGAUUGUCUCUCUUUUUGCUGAGAAGAAUGAUCUCCAGUUCGCAGUUCCCGGAGGGCUCAUUGGUGUUGGUACAAAGAUCGAUCCCACGCUAUGUCGAGCCGAUCGUCUAGUGGGUCAGGUGCUUGGUGCAGUAGGGGCUCUUCCUGAUAUAUACACUGAACUUGAGAUCUCCUACUUCCUUCUCAGGAGGCUGCUCGGUGUCAGGACAGAAGGGGAUAAGAAAGGAGCUAAGGUUCAAAAGCUGACCAAGGGGGAAGUACUCAUGGUCAACAUUGGGUCCUUGUCGACGGGAGGACGCGUCCAAGCCGUCAAGGCUGAUUUGGCCAAGGUUGUUUUGACCAUUCCUGUCUGCACAGCUAUUGGAGAGAAGAUUGCCCUCAGUAGGAGAGUUGAGAAACAUUGGAGAUUGAUCGGGUGGGGACAGAUCAGGAGGGGUGUCACCAUCAAACCCACGACCUUUGACUCAUAGAGGCUGACCUAGGUCAACAUCAGUAGGAAACACACAUCACCAUGGAAACCUUCCACUUAAUGACAAUUCUUCAUCGGCACCUGUCUGUAUGAUUGUGAUAUCAUUUGUUGAGGAGCUUUGCUUAUUGUCACUAGACUCUGUUUCACAAAAAUUGUUAUUGUUAUCAAGAUACAACAUUCUGAAAUCCUAUCUGUUGACUUUGAGGAUUUCUGACACUUUAUGCCAUCUAUAUCAGAGCUCUAAACCCUGGACUAAGAUUGACUGGGGCUUUUCAUUGUCGGCUUUCGUGAAUGUUUGCUAUGAUUAUGAAAAGUCUCUAUGAAAUAAUAAUAAAAUAUCUCACUUAAAUUUUUGUGAACACACACUAUUUUUUUGAGGCAGUUAAAUUGCUAUCUUGUUCCCAGCAGUAUAUGCCUCUUACUGUUCUUACAGUACUGAUGAGAUGAGAUAUCAGUUUGUGUUUUAAUCAGUGUUUACUGUGUAACAGACCCCCAAAGAACCUUUCAACAUAAUCUCUUAUUUGAAUGAGCUCAUAAAGAUACAAAUAUACAAAUAUUCUUCUCUUUGUUGACAAGUUUGUAUUGGGCAAUUCUAUAAAAUUAGUUGGUCUGGAAGGCUCAUGUAUAGGUCCAUACUGAAAUUAAUUGUCUCAAUUUUGUAGUUGGUAUGAAAUGUUUCAACCCAUCUCGGCUUGAGCAAUUCAUGAAAUGAAGUAAGAUUGGGGGUUGGAUGUGCUACAAGGUCGAUUAUUCUAUGGAAUUGAUAUUAUGAAUAAUCUGUUAAUUCAAAGUCUUCUUGGCAGUCAAUAAUCAAAGUAUAACUUUAUAUCAGUAGAACAUUGUUUAUAGAAUGUUCGCAUGUAACAGUCACAGUGAUGAUACAAACCCCAAAUUGAGCACAGUUUUUAUGUUUUCAUGACAUAUUGUACCAUCGGUCUAUUUGGACUCUGGUUAAGUUGGCGCGACUGUGCUAUUAGAAUGGAAUCAAAGAUCAUGCUUCUCUCCUUUGCUUAUUGCACAUCAAAAAAGUCAUGCGUACCACCAUUCCAAAUGACUGGACAGCAUGAAAUAUUUCACAGUUUGGUAAUAACACGAUACAAAGCCCGCUGGAUAUCCCAUGAAGAAGAAGAAAAGUGAAGAAUAGUGAGUGUAGAAUAGGGAGUGUACAGUAUGUAUCUGGUUCUAUGAAUCUAAUUCUUUUGUAGAUGUGAUACAUAAUUAUGGAACAUCCUUGUUAUUAUUAUUGUAUGAAUAAAUAUAUGUUUACAAAUCGGUAUGUUCUGACAAUAACUUUUAAUACUUAAUUCCUAAUACAGCUAUGUUAUUUAGACCCUUGUCACAGCCAGGGGGGGGGGGCAUAUCCCCCAGGGGGGCAAGGGGUAGGGUUAAAUGACAAAUGCAAAGGUGUGUGGUUGGUCUGACCAAUUUCCAGCCCAUUAUGUCAUAAAAGAAUAGUCCGAAAUAGUUUUCUAAAAAUCUGAUAUAAAUUGAAGUUGCUUCAGGACAGAAUUCCUGGACAGACUAUAUCCCGAAUAGCAACAUGCAAAAUAUGGAAGCAUGUGUAUAUCAAAUUCAUUUACCUAUAUCCUCAAAAAUAUCUGAUUCCAAUUUUCAUUUUGUCUUUAUUUAUGAGACAAAGAAUGUACAUGUAGCCUAUGACUUGUCUAUCAGUUGCUCAAAAAAGAAAAAAAAAAUCACAAAUUCUGAAAAAAUGGCACAGUUUUGGAAAAUGCCUUUUCUGCAAAAACUAAUUUCCGUGGAGUGUUGUGGCCCAGUUGAUUGGUCUCCUGACUGAAAAGGGAUCGUGGGUUCAAGUCCCAGCCAUGGCAUAGUUUCCUUCAGCAAGAAGUUCAGCCACAAUGUGCUGCAGUCAACCCAGGUGAGGUAAAUGGUUACCUAGCAGGAAUUUAAUCAUUGAAAUGCUUGCACACUUUAAAAGGCUGUUUGGCUAAAUCAGGAUAAUACAUCCAAGACAUGUGGAAGUGAAUAUUUUAUUAUCAUUACUCAAAUUUGUGAUAAUAUCAAUUUGGAGGGGAGGGAAAUUUUUUGGGAAAAAUUGAAAAGUUGUUGGUUCAGCAUUGUGUGCAUAAUAAUAUACAUUGUCAUUCCUGAAAUACUCCUCAGGGAGUAGAGAAUGUGUAAGCCUGAAUCUAGUAAGCAGAAUAAUACAUUUUUAUCUAUAAAACAUUUAUUGACAUCAUUGAUCAGAGCGUUGACUCUUCAGGCUUUUGCCUCAUAUCAGUCCCUGACAACUUCCAUAUUAGGCUUUACAUUGUGCAGCCCAUAUAGGAUCAGUCUUCUUUUCAGACCCAGUGACUGGCAACCCUGAUUGGUGUACCUAGUACGGUAUAAAAGAGGAAUGUCCUAACUUGAUAAAAUGCUAUUCAGUUCUCUUUUCCUUUUUUUUUCAUUGUAUCUGUGACAAAUAUUUCUUAUUUUCUUCUAUUUUCCCCUUCAUGGAGCAUGAAGUUAUUUAUCUUAAUAAUAAAAAAAAAUACUAAAUUAAGUUUUGUUAUCUUUUCCAGAUAAUGUUGAUAAUCAGUUUUUCAGUUUUUUUUCCCCCACGUACUUGUUACAUUGUUAGAAAUUAGUUUCCGUGGAUGUGGAACUGUUUAAUGUUCUACGACAUGGGAUGUUUGUUAUGACAUGAAUCUUGUGUAGAAAUUGAAUGAAACAUUAAAUGAUUAAAUUGUAUUCUA